GAAGGGAUUGGCCGAGGCAGCGCAGGCGGUGCAACUCGGCCGGCUUGCUGUUCCUCUCCCUUUCUCUCGCAGCAUCUUCCUGGGAGCCUGUAGGUGAAGCGGCACCAGCAGCAUCCAUGGCCUGUCUUUGGGGUUAACACUUGUCUCCUUUGGCUUCAGCAGUGGACGGAGCAGACCUCUCGGCAGCGGCGUUGUGAGGACUUAGCUGGGACCUGGAAUCUUAUCCUCCUGUAUUUUUUCAGACUCCUUGGAAAUUAAGGAAUGCAAUUCUGCCACCAUGAUGGAAGGAUUGAAAAAACGUACAAGGAAGGCCUUUGGAAUACGGAAGAAAGAAAAGGACACUGAUUCGACGGGUUCACCAGAUAGAGAUGGAAUUCAGGGGAAAAAAAAGACCCAGAAGACUCAGCUUCUCCUCACCUCUUGCUUCUGGCUCAGAGCCCUCUCGUUAACUCUGUCUCAGCCCAGCCCACAUGAACCACCCUACAAUAACAAAGCAGAGUGUGCGCGUGAAGGAGGAAAAAAAGUUUCGAAGAAAAGCAAUGGGGCACCAAAUGGAUUUUACGCAGAAAUUGACUGGGAAAGAUACAACUCCCCUGAGCUGGAUGAAGAAGGCUACAGCAUCAGACCCGAGGAACCCGGCUCUACCAAAGGAAAGCACUUUUAUUCUUCGAGCGAAUCGGAAGAGGAAGAAGAGUCCCACAAGAAAUUUAAUAUCAAGAUUAAGCCAUUGCAAUCUAAAGACAUUCUUAAGAAUGCUGCAACCGUGGAUGAGCUGAAGGCAUCCAUAGGCAACAUCGCACUUUCCCCAUCACCAGUGAGGAAAAGUCCGAGGCGCAGCCCGGGUGCAAUUAAAAGGAACUUAUCCAGUGAAGAAGUGGCGAGACCCAGGCGUUCCACACCAACGCCGGAACUUGUAAGCAAAAAGCCUACAGAUGACACGGUGGCCCUUGCUCCCCUCUUUGGUCCACCAUUAGAAUCAGCUUUUGACGAACAGAAGACAGAAGUUCCUUUAGAUCAGCCUGAGAUAUGGGGUUCAGGCCAACCAAUUAAUCCAAGCAUCGAGUCGCCAAAGUUAACAAGGCCUUUUCCCACUGGAACACCUCCACCACUGCCUCCCAAAAAUGUACCAGCCACCCCACCCCGCACAGGCUCCCCGCUCACAGUUGCACCCGGAAAUGACCAGUCAGCCACAGAGGUCAAAAUUGAAAAACUACCAUCAAUCAAUGACUUGGACAGCAUUUUUGGGCCCGUGUUAUCCCCCAAGUCUGUUGCUGUUAAUGCUGAAGAAAAGUGGGUCCAUUUUUCUGAUACGUCCCCGGAACGUGUUACUCCAGAGUUGACUCCAAGGGAAAAGGUGGUGUCCCCACCAGCUGCAUCAGACAACCCAUCUGACUCCCCAGCUCCGGGCCCUCCGGGCCCUCCAGGCCCCCCAGGCCCCCCAGGACCCUCUGGUCCUCCUCGCAAUGUACCGUCGCCGCUCCAUUUAGAAGAAGUCCAGAAGAAAAUCGCUGAGCAGACCUUCAUUAAAGAUGAUUACUUAGAAACAAUCUCAUCUCCCAAAGAUUUUGGGUUGGGACAGAGAGCGACCCCACCUCCCCCACCACCACCCACCUACAGGACUGUGGUGUCAUCCCCUGGACCUGGCUCGGGCAGUGGUACGGGGACCACCAGUGGGGCGUCAUCGCCUGCUCGACCAGCCACUCCCUUGGUUCCCUGCAGCAGCACCACCCCUCCGCCGCCACCUCCCCGGCCUCCAUCUCGGCCAAAGCUACCUCCAGGAAAACCUGGAGUUGGAGAUGUGCCCAGACCUUUUAGCCCUCCCAUACAUUCUUCCAGCCCUCCUCCGAUAGCACCCCUUGCCCGAGCUGAAAGUACCUCUUCAAUAUCGUCCACCAAUUCCUUGAGCGCAGCCACCACUCCCACAGUUGUGUCAGAAGAUGAUGUUUUUUAUGACAAACUGCCCUCGUUUGAAAGGCGCUGUGAAACGCUGGCAGAGAAUGAACAGCCUUCCCUCGUUUGGUUUGACAGAGGAAAGUUUUAUUUGACUUUUGAAGGUUCUUCCAGGGGACCCAGCCCCCUAACCAUGGGAGCCCAGGACACCCUCCCUGUUGCAGCAGCAUUUACAGAAACGGUCAAUGCCUACUUUAAAGGAGCAGAUCCAAGCAAAUGUAUUGUGAAGAUUACUGGAGAAAUGGUGCUGUCUUUUCCUGCUGGCAUCACCAGACACUUUGCCAACAACCCAUCGCCAGCUGCUCUGACUUUCCGGGUGAUAAAUUUCAGCAGGUUAGAACACGUCCUGCCAAAUCCCCAACUUCUCUGCUGCGAUAAUACUCAAAAUGAUGCCAAUACCAAGGAAUUCUGGGUGAAUAUGCCAAAUCUGAUGACUCACCUAAAGAAAGUGUCGGAACAAAAACCGCAGGCUACAUAUUAUAAUGUGGACAUGCUCAAAUAUCAGGUGUCCGCCCAGGGCAUUCAGUCCACACCUCUGAACCUGGCCGUGAACUGGCGGUGCGAGCCGGCCAGCACGGACCUGCGCAUAGAUUACAAAUACAAUACGGACGCCAUGACAACAGCCGUGGCCCUCAACAACGUGCAGUUCCUGGUCCCCAUAGAUGGAGGAGUAACCAAGCUCCAGGCUGUGCUCCCACCCGCAGUCUGGAAUGCUGAACAGCAAAGAAUAUUAUGGAAGAUUCCUGAUAUUUCUCAGAAGUCAGAAAAUGGAGGGGUGGGUUCUUUAUUGGCAAGAUUUCAGUUAUCUGAAGGUCCAAGCAAACCCUCCCCACUGGUUGUGCAGUUCACAAGUGAAGGAAGCACCCUUUCUGGAUGUGACAUUGAGCUUGUUGGAGCAGGGUAUCGGUUCUCACUCAUCAAGAAAAGGUUUGCUGCAGGAAAAUACUUGGCAGAUAACUAAUAAAAUCUUAUGGAAGGAUUUGGAGGAUUCACAUAAUGGAGAACUGUUGUAUGAGAAACAGAUUUUAAUUUUGGUUUGAUGGAAACAAACCAAAAUCUGCACUUGGGAUAUAUCUGCUGGAAAUGUCCAUGACUUUCAGCUAUGAUUUCCCUCACACAAUACCAUGAUGACCAGUCUUACAGUAUUUACUUCUAGGUGUAAUAUUGUUAAUGGUUUUAAAAUGUAAUUAUUGUAUUUGUAAAUUGUAACUCAUUCCAGUAAGGCAGUUAGACACUUGAGUUUUAGCAUUUUACCAUUCCUGAAAUGGAUGUAAUUUAAACUGUGGUAUGUAAAUUUAAUAGUAGUACUGUUGAAUGGCACAAUGCUUACAGAGGUAGAUUGCAUUUUGUCAAUAUAUAAAAUUUAAAUAUAAUAUUGAUAGCUGUCAUAAAGGGGGUGCCACAUACAAAGAAAAUUAAGUGGAACCAGAAAAAAAACCUUCCUUUUCUUCGAUCCUUAGUAUGUUUUACUCUAGUGCUAAAUAAAAAUUCUAUCUUCAAAUAUUUAGUGGGUUAAAUUCAGAAACUAUUUCAGAAAAAAAAAAUUCUAAAGUUACAGCAUAUUCAAGAAGAGCAUUAAUUACCACUUUUUAAAAAGCUUUUUUUUCAAACUGCAAAUUUCAUAAAAAUGCAAACUGUGUAAACAGGGCCUCUUAUUUUUAUAACUUGUGUAAAAAGGGAAAGCAAUUCAUAUUUAAAGUUUAAGUAUAUGAAAUUAUAAUCAAGAGUAAAGAAGAUGUUGAAGUCUUUACUUCCCCCUCUCUCUACAUUUUAACAAAUGUGGAGAUUGCUGAAUAAUAUCAGACUAAAGCCAACAUUGUGAUUUUAAAAUUCCAAGACUUUCCAUACUUGAACCAGUGAACAACUUUCGCACAAUUACUCUAAACAGAGUCUCUCCCAUCUAACAUGGGGAAUGGUACCACGUAUCUUUCUCUUUACCUGCGGGAAUCACAACAUUAAUACUAAAACUCAGAAAAAACAAAAUUAGUCCCCUGUUUAAGUCCAGAAGGAAAAUUUUAAUCAUCAUCAUUUAUAUCAUUUGAAAAGGAAAAAAUAAAGUUUAAAAAUGAAAUCCUAUCCACAUUAUCAUGCAAUAAAUUUCCUUUUGGAUAAGAUUCAUCAUAUGUAACUAUAUAUCUUUGCCAUUCUUGGGGAGUCAGAUAGAGAGUUAUCCAGAAAUUUAUGUAAUAAUUUCAUUGUAGCGAGGUAUCAUUGAAACUGUAAUUACUCAGUCUGGCCUCACAGUGUGAGGAUUCAGAACGGAGAAGCACUUCUGGGGCGGGUCUCAGCUGUAAACUCUUCCUCCUGCACUAUCUGAAAACAUAAAACUUCCUUUAAGUCAUAGACCUUAUUUUAAACAUGAACCGAUUCUUAUUCUAAGUUAUUAAAUAACUGGAAUUACC